CCUCAAUAUCUACAACCCAAACAAUGAGCGCGUAGUAGGACGUAUACACGCACGCACACCAAACCAUGCACUCUACUCUAGUCCGCGGACAGAAUGUCUUCGGCUUCUUCACGACCGUCGCAUUCUGCGUCGCCGGCAUCAUCGCCGCAUCCGUCUUCCUGAUCCCCCAAGCCCCCUCCGCCAGCCUCCAGCUGCGCAACGUGCAAGUCGUCAAGGGCCGCCCGCACUACUACUCGCCCAAGCGCGAAGAAUACGCACACAUCAAAUUCGACCUCGACGCCGACCUCACCACGCUCUUCAACUGGAACACAAAGCAAGUCUUCCUGUACAUCACCGCGACCUACCCGUCCCUCCGCGCGUCCGAGCCCGCCUCCUCGGCCAUAAUAUGGGACGCCAUCAUCCCGUCCUCGUCCGCGCCCUGGCACACAAACCACUACAUCCACCCCGUCGCCCCGUCCGACAAAUCUGCCACCACAAAGGGCAAGAAGAAUAGUAGCAAGAGCAAGAAGGCGGCUAAAAAGAGCGCGUACCCGGCUGGCGAGCUGCAUCUGAAGAAUCAGCGCCCGAAAUAUCAGAUUACGGAUUAUGCAGGCCGGAUUGCGAAUCGUACUGAUGCGGUGUUGGAGUUGCACUAUAAUGUGCAGCCGUGGGUGGGCUUGUUGUUGUGGGAUCGCCGGAGCGACAUUGCGAUGUGGAAGGGUUUGGAGGGCGGGCGCAGCGAGCUGUUUAACUUCCCGGGCUUGAAGGGUGCGGCGGCGAAGAAGGAGGAUUUGAAGACGGAGAAGGGCGCCGAGGGGCAUCGGUUGAUGGCUGGGUAGGCGAUUUUCUGGGCCGAGCUGUGCAAAAAAAACAUGAAAGGGGGUUCACGGGAUUAGGACACUUUAGGACACUUUGCA